AUGAGAGAUCCAAUUGACACAGCGGCUGCCAUGGCUUACCAUCCUUUCCAAGCUCAUCGACCAGGUGCCUUGCCCUUGUCAGCCUUCUUUGCUGCCGCGCAGCCCUCGUUUUUCCCUGCGCUCACUUUCCCAGAAGUCGCAUCCCUGUCCGAGCCUCAGGACGCGGGGCUGCACGCAGCUCUGGGACGCCUACAUCAGCCAGUUCACCCGCGGUCCUUAAAGAGCCUGCAGUCAGAUGAAGGGCAGGAGGAUGACCCGAAAGUCACUCUGGACUCACAGAAUCUAUGGAGUGAAUUUCACAAAAGGGGGACUGAGAUGGUUAUUACAAAAUCAGGAAGGAGGAUGUUUCCACCUUUCAAAGUGCGGGUAGACGGGCUGGAUGAAACAGCAAAGUAUAUCCUGCUGAUGGACAUUGUCGCCGUUGAUGACUGCCGCUACAAGUUUCACAACUCCGGCUGGACUGUGGCUGGGAAGGGCGACCCGGAGAUGCCAAAGCGCAUGUACAUCCACCCGGACAGUCCGUCCAAAGGAGAGCAGUGGAUGAGCAAGCCCGUUGCUUUUCAUAAACUCAAACUCACCAAUAAUAUUUCGGACAAACAUGGAUUUACGAUUUUGAACUCAAUGCAUAAAUACCAACCCAGAUUUCAUGUUGUGAGAGCCAACGACAUCUUGAAGCUUCCCUACAGCACUUUCCGGACUUAUGUUUUCCCUGAGACCGAGUUCAUCGCUGUCACUGCGUAUCAGAAUGAAAAGAUUACACAGCUAAAAAUUGACAACAAUCCCUUUGCCAAAGGAUUCAGAGACACUGGAAAUGGGAAACGAGAAAAGAGGAAUAAGCAGUUAAACAUCUCUUCAUUGCACGAGAACCGAAGCAAAGCGGACCAGGACUGUGCUGAUUCUGAUGACUCGUGUGAGCAACCCAGUACCAGUGAUCCUUUGUAUUCCCCUUGGGAGCUGGUGAGCAGCCCUCUGAUGUCCACACCAACCUGUCAAGAUGAAAACAACAUUGGAAGUGAUUCAGAUGAUGAUCUACAAGAUGAGGAUGCUGCUGAAACCGGCUCUUCCAAGACUGAACAUAUGUCUGCUCUGAGCCAGAAGAGUGAGGAGCUACUGUGUAAGUCAGCUCUCACUAUGAGCAAUGGCAAUCAGGACACAACAAAAGACAGAACAAUGUUUAGAAUGUCGGAUGAUAUGUGCCAACAGUUUCUUAAACUUGGGGCACCGUUGUUGUUUAAUCCUGGACAGUUGUCAGUGAAGCCAGAGGCUUUUUCCACCACGGGUAUGGGGCAUCUGUUUUCUUCUUUGCCUGGAGUAAAUAACCUAGAAAAUGGAGGCCUUUCUUCUCAAAGCAUCACCUCUCCAUCACCCUUCAUGUUUCAACUGUCACAACAUAUGCUGGCAUCUCAGGGAAUCUCACUGUCACCCUUUGGAGGACUGCUCUCCUAUCCAUAUCGCUACAUGGCAGCAUCAGCCGCAAUUGCACCAGCUCUUCCCACCUGCUCUGCAACUUCUACGCUGGCUAGUAACCACUGUUUCCGCAGCCCUCGACCUUGGUUGCGAUUCAACCCUUAUCAGAUCCCCAACUCCGUCACCUCGAGCCAAAACCACCUGCAUACUACUAGAUCGCCCGGCAGUUCAAACUCACAAUCUGAGGUGUCUAAAUCAGGAAGCAGAAACUCAAGUCCAGUGUCUGACAGUCAUAGUCACAAAAGCAAGGCCAAGCAGAAGACUGCACCACCCAGAAACAUUGUGAAGGGUUCAGUGAAUGAACUGCAAAAUAUACAUAAUCUGGUGAGAGGACUUGAUAGACCACUUCCUCCACAAUAG